CCUUAACGCAUGGGUUAAUGAAUUCUUUUGUGACAUGACCGUUGUAUCAUAUGAACAACUGCAAUUAUUCAGUAAGCGCUUGUCCAAUGGGGUCACAAAUCACGUUUCCAUGUCCAUAAUAAUUGUUCAAAUUGUCAUCAAGUAUAACAAAUUUCUGUCCGUCGGCCGGCUACCACUUGCCACAACUAAUAUAAUUGCCGAAAAUAAUUGUUUCAUCCUUUCCUGAUCUUCUCCCCAAAACCUUUCAUGAUCCCAUCCAUGGCCACCGCCGAUCAUCACCCCGACAAGCUCCACAUCGCAAUGUUCUGUUCCCAUGGCUGGCCUUCGGCCACAUGAUGCCAUGGCUUGAACUCGCCAAGCUCAUAUCCCAAAAGGGCCAUUCCGUCUCCUUCAUCUCCUCCCCGCGAAACAUCGACCGCCUCACCCAAAUCCCCACCUCUCUCUCUCCUUUCCUCCGGAUCGUCAAGCUUCCGCUGUCGCCCGUCGACGGCCUUCCUCCGUCCGCCGAGGCCACCACCGACUUGCCUCCUAACCAAGUUCAGUACCUCAAGAAGUCCCUCGACCUGCUCCAGCAACCCGUGACCCAGCUCCUCGGGUCGCUCCGACCCGACUGGAUCUUCUACGACUUCGCCUAGUACUGGACCGGGCCAAUCGCGGCCCAGCUCGGAAUCAAGAGCUCCUUCUUCU